AUGUUCUCGCUACGUUACAGACGAGCAGCAUCAAAGUCGGAUAAAAAUCACAAUGAUCACAAUUCUCCUAUCCCACUCUACCAGUAUGGUCAUGAAGACAUGCAAGACGAUUACGAUUCCAAAUUAAAGAAGCAACAUGCUAAUAUGGACAACCAGACCGGGUUUACUGUACAAGACUACAUUCAACUAGUCAUGGUUACCAUAUUAGCUGCCUCUGUUCGGGUAUGGACCUUGAAUCCCACACAACCAAUUAGUUUGAGCGAACUCGAGAUCGUGAACCAAAUUGAUUGGUAUAUCCAAAGCAAGUUUUUCAUUGGCACUUCUCCCCCACUCGCUGGUCUACUCUACACAAAACUUGCCCAGUUGGCUGGAUACACUGGAAAUGCGAAUUUGUUAUUUGAUGGACAAUCCUUUGGAGAUUUCCCAGCACAGCCAUUGAGAACCUUCGCUAGCAUACUCGGUGUUAUGAUGAUCCCAAUGGGAUACACAACAAUUAGAUUAUUGGGUCACUCACAACUCGCAGCUAUACUGGUAGCAGGGCUUUUGGCAAUUGAGAAUGGAAUGGUAACUCAGUCACAGUUCUUCUCAUCCGAGGGUCUUGUUUAUGCAUUGACUGCUGCAUCUAUGCUUUCAUGGGCAUAUGUCUACAAGAUCCAACAAAGAGAUUCUACAAAAACUUCUUGGACUUGGCAAUCUCUGACAGGCCUACUUAUUGGCUGUGCAAUGAGUACAAAAUGGCAGGGAAUUUGUGGAUUUGUCAUCAUAUGGGCAGCUACAGUCAGGGAUACAUGGAAGAUGCUGUCAGAGAAGAACAAAGCAAUGUCUCAGAUUCUUCGCCAUUUGUCUUCUCGCGUAGUAUCUAUUGGUGCCUUGCCUGUUGCUGUUUAUCUUGGUGUUUUUUACAUACACUUUCAAUUAGUUCCCAAUGCUGGAGACCAUGAUCUAUUGAUCAGUUCAAAGCUAAAAUAUUCACUUGAAGGAAAUCAUUUUAAAGGAACAUAUCAAGAAAUUCCAUAUGGAUCCAGAGUUGUAUUGAAGCAUGUUGGUACGGCAGGCGGUUAUUUAAAUUCCCACAAUGCUCGUUAUGCUACCGGAAGUACUCAACAAAUUGUGUCUCUUUAUCCAUUUACCGACAUCAACAAUAUUUGGAUAAUUCAAAAGGGAACUGAACUGUGGAACAGCUCGCAGCCUUUUGAGACCGUGAAAACCAACGACCACAUUCGCUUAGAGCAUUUUGUUAGCAAGCGCAAGUUGCACUCACAUAAUCAUCGUCCUCCCAUGAGUAGUAAGAAGGAACAUCAUGAAGUCACCGCUUACGGUGAUCGUCAUCUUCGUGAUAAUAACGAUUCUUGGUGGGCUCGUGUACUUAACAAGGACGACAAGAUUGAUCCAAGUGACAAGACUCCUAUCAAGGCUCUUUCUAGUCGUCUUCGGUUACUACAUAGCCGAGGAUGUUAUCUGAUGAGUCACAAUAUUGCCUUGCCUGCUCCUGCUCUAAACCAACAAGAGGUAUCGUGCAUGUCUUCGGCUAGCAAAGCAUUGAGUACAUUUGUAAUUGAGGCUGUUUACCAUGAAGGAUUGGAAGGGAAACCCAAGAUCUCUUACAGCGUCCCAAGUUUUUUCGAGAAAUUGAAUGAAGUACAUGACAUUAUGGCCAACUUCCCCAAUGUGAUGCACGAUCGUCUUGCGACUGUUCCUUUGGCAGAGGCUGCCAAAAGUAAAAAUGGAGGCAGUCAACGGUCUACGCCUCUCGGUUAUCUGUUACGAGCCAGAAAUACUCUUAUCUGGGAUGAACUUUCUGGUCGAUCUGUCUAUAUGAUUUUCAACCUUGUCAUCCAACGAUUGGUUCUAUUUAAUUUUGUAGCGUACGGGAUCUUACUUGGAUUCAAGUGCUUUGCCCAAAAGCGUCAGAUUCAGUGGUCCGCUUCCAACUGGUCUUCCAACGAAGGAACUAUGUGGUCUGUACAUGAAUCUAAUGAUCAUCGGGACGUUGUUCACGGCAAUUCUCUUGAAUACUUUUUGGCUGGAUCCAUUUUGUACACCAUUGGAUUGAGUUUAUUGCCAUCUCAUACUCAAAACAUGGCUGAUCUUCUUCCUUGUAUCUAUCUUUGUAUUGGCGCAACUGUGUUGAAUAUUGAAAGCCUUACCAAUCGGCUGGGCCGAGCAAGGCUUUUGGUUUUUCUUGCCGUGUUUGGACUCGCAGCUCACAGUUUCUUGUCUCUGUCACCGCUUGCCUAUGGAACCACCCCGUGGACGCAGGAUGAUUGCAGGGCUUCAGGACUCAAAUCACUAGAUUGUCUGCGUUUUCCUAGUAUGACACAGAUUGGGUCGGAGAUCGACAGUGAUUCAACUCAGAAACGCGUCGUGUUGGUGGAUGUACCUGGCCAAAGGUAUCCAUUUGAUUAUGUCCUUGGCGAAGAAUUCGAUGCGGACAAAUCGAUUCAUGAGCUCCGGAGCCAAAGAUAUACCCAGGAAGCAGAGCAGGCGACUGGAGUUCAGCGCUACCAUCGGGCUACACAGACUGUUGGAUACACUCAAGAGCAAAAUGAUGAAUGGGCGGACAAGAUUAACAAGGCGGGACUUGCGCGGGUAGAGGCAGAAAUAAAGAAGCAAAAUGAAAAGAAGAAAGUUGAGACAGAGAAGGCAGCCAAGGAAGCACUCAAGGCAGAAGCUGAGAAAGGAACCAAAAACCCAGCCGAAGAUUCAGGGAAAGCUUCAGUGGCAGAAGUACAAGCAGAAGCAAAGGCAAAGGCAAAGGCAGAAGCAACAAAAGAAUCACAUGCUCAAGAAGUAAAAGAACAAGUCCAAGAGGUUGAAAUUAAGAAUUAA